AUGGAAUCGCAGCCAAAGCCAAACCACGGCAAGAGGCCCUUCAAGCAGUCUCACCAGGGCGCCAAGAGGAGCCAGAAGAAAGCCCGAAAGAGAGAGCGGGAUAUGAAGAAUGGGUCCGCCGAGGAAGUUCUCGGAUUCGACGUACGAAGUCUGCUCGACUCACUUAACCAGCCCGAGGAGCAUGCCAGUGGCAAUGGGGACGCUGCAAGCGCCGAGGAGACCUUGCCGGAGCAAGGGUCUGAGAUCGAAGUUGAUGUUGUCGAGCUCGCAUCCACGGGGGACGCCUUGGCGUUGCAGAAGGGAUCGAAACGCAUAUAUGUGCUUCCAUUCGCUGUUCCUGGUGACACUGUCAAGGUCAAGGUGUAUCGCCACCUGAAGGAGGAGCAAUACACCGUGGCCGAUUUCAUUUUCGUGGUCAAGCCGUCAGUUUUGCGGGAUGACAGCCGAGUCGGUUGCAAGUACUUCUCUACGUGCUCCGGAUGCCAGUUCCAGAUGUUGGAUUAUGCCGAACAGCUACACUUGAAGAAGAGAAUCGUGGAGAAGGCUUUUAAGAACUUCUCCCAACUCCCACCGGAGCUCAUUCCCACCAUUCAAGAUACGAUAGGCAGCCCUCUGCAAUACGGAUACCGGACCAAGCUCACCCCUCAUUUUGAUGGACCUCAGGGCUGGCGCAAGAGCAAAGCACCUUUUGAGAAGCGGCCUGACAUUGGAUUUAUGCCAAAAGGCAAACGCUCGACGAUGGAUAUUGAGGACUGCCCGAUCGGAACCGACGCCGUUCGGAUGGGUAUGAAAUCGGAGCGCGAAAGAAUGGAUGUCGAGUUUAACAAGUACUCUCGCGGCGCAACCAUCCUCCUCCGUGAGAGCACUGCGCGGACUACUAAAGACGCUUCAUCCUUGGCCGAACGAGAAACCCCACCCAAUGCCGUCAGGGUUGAGACAGAUGGCUUCGUCGACCUGAAGACAUGCGUGACAGACAACAACGCCACGUCAACCGAGUAUGUUGGCGAUUACGUCUUUCACAACCCAGCCGGUUCCUUCUUCCAGAACAACAACUCCAUCCUCCCCGAAUUCACCGACUACAUCCGGCAACACAUCCUUCCCACCUCGCCAUCCACACCCAUCAAGUACCUCAUCGAUGCAUACUCGGGUUCCGGUCUCUUCACCAUCACCUUGUCCGCUCUCUUCCAAGGCAGCACGGGCAUUGAUAUAUCCGACAAGUCCAUUGAGUUUGCCCGAAAGAAUGCCCAAGCCAACAACCUGCCCGAGUCCCAAGCCAACUUCAUUGCUGCCGAUGCAGGAGAACUUUUCAAGAGCGUGAUGUACAAUGCCGACGAGACCGUCGUCGUUCUGGACCCGCCUCGCAAGGGUUGUGAUGCCGACUUCUUGGGUCAGCUGCUGAGAUUUGGGCCCAAGAGGGUUGUCUACGUUAGCUGUAACGUGCAUACACAGGCCAGAGACAUCGGCGUCCUGGUCAGAGGAGAGGCUGGGAAUGCAGAAGGGAAGAUUGAUGGCCCGUCUGGCACGAGGUACGAGAUGGAGAGUCUUCGAGGAUUCGAUUUCUUUCCGCAGACUGGACACGUCGAGGGCGUUGCCGUGCUGAAUCGGGUUGAGGCCCCCGAAAUCGGUGCCUCCGUAGAGAAGGUGGCCGAGUAG